ACGUUCCCUCCCUAGCAGGAGGUUUUGAGUUAACUCGGAGUGAAGCGAGCUGUGAGUGACAAGCCGAGGAAGAGGAGGCUGGGGUCGAGGUCGAAAAUGGGCAAGAACGAGGAGGCAAAUCCGGACUCUCAGUACGGUGAACCUGUACAGUUUGAUCCCACCUUUAACGGACCCAUAAGGAAGAGAGGGUGCACUGACAUAAUCUGCUGUGUGCUAUUUUUUGCGGUCAUCCUUGGUUACUUGGCAGUUGGGAUUUUAGCAUGGCUUUAUGGAGAUCCCCGGCAAGUUCUCUAUCCAAGGAACUCAACCGGAUGGUUUUGUGGCACUGGACCAAAUAUAGACCGACCCGCACUACUCUACUUUGACAUUGUCAAAUGUGCGACAGGUUUUAAUGUGAUGGCAGCAGCUCUGAAUGGGUUACAGUGUCCAACCACACAGAUAUGUGUGAAAAUGUGCCCCACCGAUUUCUCUGCCGUGGGGCCGCUUGACUACGCUCCAAAUGUAAAGCCUGCAGAUGUUUUCAAUCAAAGCCUCUGUGCGCCGUCCUUAGACCUGUCAAAGACUGACAUGACCGUUAAAGACAUUGUGGAUAACGAGCUGUGUCCUUUCUAUACUAUUCCCACAACGUCCGUUAUAGGAAGAUGUUUGCCUAAUGUCAAACUGCUUGGGAAUAUGCCACAGGAUUUUUCUGACGUUUCAGGCUUGCCACCAUCUGUCAGCGAGACGGUCAACCUCCUGAAGAAUGGCACUGGGGAUGUUUUGAACGGCUUCAGUGCCAGGGACAUAGGUGUCAGGAUCUUUGAGGAUUUUGCGUCAUCAUGGCCCUGGAUCCUUGCCGGUCUGGCAAUAUCAAUGGUGCUCAGUAUGUUGUUCCUUUUACUGCUGAGAUUCACUGCUCGGUUCAUGGUAUGGAUCCUUAUUAUAGCAGUACUGUGCACCGGGGCCUACGGGAUUUGGCACUGCUACUGGGAGUACACUAACUACAAGAAUCUGUCUGCUUCCAUUACUGAUAUUGGAUUCACCACUAACUUCAGCUUUUAUCUGAAAGUGCAAGAGACCUGGUUAGCCUUUUUGAUCAUCCUUUCUGUGGUGGAGGCAAUCCUGAUCUUGGUCCUCAUCUUUCUGCGAACCCGAAUCUUCAUCGCCAUCGCGCUCAUCCAAGAGUCCAGCAGGGCCAUCGGUCAAAUGAUGAGCACCCUGUUUUACCCUCUGCUCACAUUUGUUCUCCUCUUGGUUUGUGUAGCCUACUGGGGUUCCACUGCGUUGUAUUUGGCCACCUCAGGAGAGGCCGUCUACAAAGUGGUGGCUCUGAACUCCAGUGUGAAUGGGUGUCAGCGCAUCAACGGCACCGUGGACUGUGACCCUCAGAUCUUCAAGGCGUCCGAUUACCCGACCUGCCCCUCCGCUGCGUGCAUCUUUGUCAAAUACAACGACGAGGGGCUCUUCCAGAGGAACCUCUUCAACCUUCAGAUCUACAACGUGGUGGCCUUUCUCUGGUCUGUCAACUUUGUCAUCGCGCUGGGCCAGUGCACGCUGGCUGGCGCCUUUUCCGCCUACUAUUGGGCUUUCGUCAAACCGGAUGACAUCCCCGUGUUCCCCCUGUUCGAUGCCUUUGUGCGCACACUCAGGUACCAUGUUGGCUCAUUGGCAUUUGGUGCUUUGAUCCUGACCAUUGUGCAGGGCGUGAGGGUCCUCCUCGAGUACAUUGACCACAAAACCAGAACGGCACAGAACCCGUGCGCACGUUUUCUGCUGUGCUGCAUGAAGUGCUGCUUCUGGUGCCUCGAGAAGUUCUUUAAGUUCCUCAAUAGAAACGCAUAUAUCAUGAUUGCUGUUUAUGGGAAAAACUUCUGUACCUCCGCCAAAAAUGCUUUCUCUCUGAUCAUGAGAAACAUUAUAAGAACUGUCAUACUGGAUAAAGUGGCAGACCUGUUGCUGUUAUUUGGGAAGCUCCUUGUAGUUGGUGGAGUGGGCGUAUUGUCCUUUUACUUCUUCUCUGGGCGAAUACCUCUAGCGCACAGCACGGCACAGUCGGAGACCCUCAACUACUACUGGAUGCCCAUCAUUACGGUGGUGUUCGGCAGCUACCUCAUCGCUCACGGAUUCUUCAGUGUGUACAGCAUGUGUGUUGACACGCUUUUUCUCUGCUUCUUGGAGGACUUGGAGCGCAACGACGGUUCACUGGAGAAACCGUACUUCAUGUCCAAAAACCUCAUGAAGAUCCUUAACAAAUCCAACAAGAGCCCUAAAAAAGGCAAGUGAUCUUGUUAGCACAGCCUUUGCAGGAAUAUGUAAUGAUUCCAGACUGUUCUUUUCCCAUGUUUACCAAAAAUAGUAUGCUGAUUUUGCACGUUUGAAUUAUUUUUUUCAAAGCUUAAUGUUCAUAACAAUGUACAUGAGAAAGGACUGAGGUGAGUUUUCUUGAUUGACCGCAUCUUUUGUUCAUGCGAGUUGCCUCAGAAAUUUCUUGUUAUCCCUAUGAAUGUUUUAGCUGUUGCAAAUAUUACACAGAGGAGCUCUAUAUGUAAUUUCUUUGGAUGCAAAUGUUUUUGUGUGUGUGUGCUUUAUAUAUA